GUUAGCAUCCCACAGUGCAGUGUUGUGGGACAGCAGAGUUGAUCCUUGUGCUUCCAGGAUUCCCUCAUAGCUAUGUGAAUUCUCUCUGCUGAGGAAUGUCCAAACAGCACAGCAGUCUUUUCAGCCAUCCCUUGCAGCAGCAGCCUGAUUCUCCCUGUGUUCCCAGCAAGGCAGAACAGGAGCAUUCCAAUGAUUUGUUCUUUGUUCCCCAAACAGAGCAGCUCACAUAGCUCUCAGAUAUUUCCUGGAGGUUUGAAAGGGGAAGGGUGAAUGCCUGCAGGACAGCAGAGAUCACAAAACCCUGAGCAUAGCCAUCAUGGCAGGCAUUGUGUGAUGUUGGCGAAAGUCAGUUUUCUCAGCUAAACAAAUAGUAGAGUUCACACUGUCUGUUGAUAAUAAAGAGAGAGGAAAAGAUAAGUCUCUCACAGGGUUGGAAGUUUUUUGUUUUUCCUGACAAAAGUCAUAUUGCAGUAUGAAUGCUCUCGCUGUUUUGUUGCCAAAAGGCAGGUUUUGGUGACAAAAUGUGCCAGUGUAGUCAAGGCCUUAUAUUCCAACACUGAAACUUUUUUGUAUGAUGGCACAGAAAAUCCUUGUUUUGUUAAGCUCCACAUAUAUGUGCAAAUAAACAUUUCCCCUGCUGAAUUGCAACAAAUUUCUCUACAUAUUCCAGUUAACUGACCAGCAUCUUAGUUUGGUAUUCUGGAUUUCCACAAGGAGCAUGGCAGCGGACUGUGAUGCCAUUGUAAAGAAAGGUGACAAGAAGCAUUGUUUUAAUUAAUCCAAGAAGAUCUUUUGCAUAUUUUACAAUUAAAGACAGGCUGCCUCAAAUCCUAACUAGGGUUAUUGAUACUUUGCACCGACAUAAAAAUGAAUUCUUUGAAGAACACGGAGAGAAAGGCAUUGAGGCAGAGAAGAACACUAUAUCCCUCCUCUCUAAGUUACGGAAUGAGCUGCAAACGGACAAACCACUGGUUCCUUUGGAUGAUAAUCUCCCUGAUGUUCCACUGUGGAAUCAAUACUUAGAAUAUCAACAAAAUUUAUUAGCUGGGAAUGAAAAGCCAAGCUGGUUUCAAUCCCCUUGGUUAUAUGUGGAAUGCUAUAUGUAUCGCCGGAUUCAUGAAGCACUACUUCAGAAUCCUCCUAUUGAUGACUACGAUGUAUUUAAAGAAAUAAAGUUUCACAGCUUCUUUGAAUCCCAACAAGCUAUUAUUGCCUUAUGCACUUACUUACAGGAACUUCGUAAAAACAUUGAGGAUCUAGAUGAAAAACAACUUCAGAGAGAGUUUUUUAAGCUGCUGCAGGUUUCAUUGUGGGGGAAUAAAUGCGACCUCUCUAUUUCUGCUAGUGAAGACAACUCUCAGAAAGUCAAUUCUCUAGAAUUGCUGGAUGACUUGAAACAUUUUAUCUUAGUGGAUGAUAUGGAAAGCAUUUGGUCACUGCUUAUAAACAUCAAGAAAAGAAGAACUCCAAAAGAAGUUACUAGAAUUGACAUAGUCCUGGAUAAUGCUGGAUUUGAACUUAUUACUGAUCUGGUACUGGCUGACUUUCUGUUAUCAUCAAAGUUAGUUACUGAAAUCCAUUUUCAUGGGAAGUGUAUUCCUUGGUAUGUUUCGGAUACUACAAAGCAUGAUUUUAACUGGACUAUUAAACAGCUGCAGUCAGCUAAUAAUAGAUGGAUGUCUAAGUGUGGGAUCACUUGGGAGGGCAGUAUUAGAAAAGGAGUCAUGGUUUACCAUGAUCACAUAUUCUGGACUCUGCCACACGAAUUUUGUAGUAUGGCUCAGGUUGCUACUGACUUAUACACUGAGCUGCAGAAAUCGAAUUUAAUUAUUUUUAAAGGUGAUCUGAACUAUAGGAAAUUAACUGGUGAUAGAAAAUGGGAGUUUACUGUUCCAUUCCACCAAGCCUUGAAUAAAUUUCAUCCUGCACCUCUUUGUAGCUUGAGAACACUAAAAUCUGAUGUUCAGGUUGGUUUGAAACUUGGACAAGGUGAGCAGCUUGUGACUUCUGAGCCUGACUGGAUGAUAACUGGGAAAUAUGGAGUAGUUCAAUUUGAUAUGUCUUUGUGAUUCAACUGUGAGCUUGAUAGGCUACCUAAGGAUAGAUUUAAUUUGCACUGAAGCUGUGCUUUUUGCUGUUCAGUUUUGGGCUUUUCAUUUACCUGUUUACUACUUCUGGCAAGUGGCUUGUUACUGCUGAUUUACAGAAGAUAAAGUUGUUUUGCAACUGUUUACAAACUUUACUUUUACACCAAGUUAUGAAACUGUAGAUAGUUUAUCAUCCAGAAUGUCAACAGAUAUUGCAAAUGAACAUGGUUUCAGUUGUCCUAAGAAUACUUUAUUUUUCAAUAAGUAAAGAGAAUUAAUUUUCA